AUGCCAUUUGGAUUGGCCAAUGCCCCUGCAACAUAUCAACGCCUGAUGGAGCAGUGCUUAGAUGAAUUGCAUAUGGUUGACUGCUUUAUAUAUCUAGAUGAUUUCAUAAUAUUCAGCAAGUCCUUUGAGGAACAUCUGGAGAGGUUGGACCGUGUACUUAACAGAAUAAGGGAGUGUGGCAUCAAGUUAUCUCCAAAGAAGUGUGAGAAGAAAUGCACAAAGAAGAAAAGUUCAACCGGUGUCUGGAAAUGGGGAGCAGAACAACAGGAGGCAUUUGACUACCUGAAGUCAGCCCUGUCAUCACCACCCAUACUGGCCUAUCCGGACUAUACCAAGCCAUUUGAACUGCAUACAGAUGCCAGUCACAAAGGACUCGGAGCAGUGCUUUCCCAGACACAAGAUGAGAAGUCGCGGGUCAUCGCGUAUGCCAGCCGAGGACUUACCAAGUCGGAAAAGAACUACCCAGCUCACAAGUUGGAAUUCCUAGCUUUAAAAUGGGCGGUGACAGAGAAGUUCAAGGACUACCUUUACAACAAUGAAUUUCAAGUUCUGACUGACAACAACCCUUUAACCUACGUUUUAACCAGCGCCAAACUUGAUGCUACAGGACAUCUUUGUUCACAACCAGUGAUUGAGAGUGUCUGCAGGGCUGCAAACAGUUUGAACGACUUUGAUCCAUCAGACAGUUUGGAUAUCAACGAUCUACAAUAUCAGGACAUCCGCACGGCACAAAGAAGAUACAUCGUGAUAGGACCAUGUAUUGAGAAUGUCUUGCAUGGAUACCGGCCACCUAGAGAUGAAAUACCGAAAGAAUCCUGGAACCCCCACCUUUAUCGUCAAUAUGAUUCUUUGAAAGUUGUUCGAGGUAUACUUUACCGAGAAGUACCAGAUGACGGAAGGCGGAGACAUCUGUUUGUCAUUCCCGAAGUGUUGGUGCCAUUCGUACUGAGGAGUCUCCAUAGCAACAUGGGACACCUUGGAGUAGCAAAGACAUUGACGCUUUGUCGGGAUAGGUUUUACUGGCCGGGUAUGAACACAGACGUGGAGAGAUGGAUUGCUGGGUGCCCUCGAUGUUUGAGGAGGAAAGUUGCCACCAAUGAGCGAGCACCGCUUGUGUCGAUGAUAUCGACCGCUCGAGUUGGUGUGUAUGGACUUUCUGACACUCGAACCAUGGAAGGGUAA